AAAUUCCAUUUCGCCUCCCACCCACUUCUCUUCAAGUUCAUCUCUUUUUCUCCUCGUCUCCCGAUUCGCACUUCUCUUCGUCAAUUAGGGCUUCAGAAUUGCUCAGGAUGGGACAGAUCGAGUACUCUGACAAAUACUUCGAUGAUACUUACGAGUACAGGCACGUGGUACUUCCUCCGGAGGUAGCUAAGCUUCUACCUAAGAAUCGUAUCCUCUCCGAAAGUGAAUGGCGGGGUAUAGGAGUGCAGCAAAGCCGUGGAUGGGUCCAUUACGCUAUUCAUCGCCCUGAGCCACACAUCAUGCUCUUCAAGCGGACUCUCAACUACCAACCUCCUACAACUAUUCCCAUUCCCAAGCACUAGUGGACUCCAAAUAUUCCCUCUCUAAAACUACGAUUUGGUUUAUGUCUCUCUCGUAAACAAACAAACAAACAAACACUCUCCGUUACACUCCCCCUUGUUGGCUGGCUGGCUCUUUUUUUUUUAUUAUUAUUAUUAUUAUCUGUGUUCUUGAAUUCUCUUCAGUGGAGAAUUUGUUUGCGUCCGCUUUAUUAUGUUUUGCAUCUUUUAACCUUUUUUCUAUUUUUAAAUCGUUUCUGUAUUCGAUUGACACACCUUUUACACA